GGAGACCGCUUGGGCAUAUGGAGUAAGGGGCGGAAAAAAAGGGAGCGAGAGAAAGACGGAGCGGUUUCUUUACUAACUCGAGCAGAGGGGGCGGCCUAUGGUCGUUCGAACAAACAAAGUCGCAAUAUCGCCUCGCGCAGCCGUAAAAUAGCGUCGGAACUACUUUCACGGCAGGGGGCACUAAUCCGACCAGUCGUCGCGGCGGCGAAGGGGGGGGCCUGACGGCGGACGAGACUUUUAUGAUUGGCAUUGCAGGUAGCCUAUGAGACGGUAACGCCGAUCCAGGCGGUCGUGGGGAUUGGACUGUGACUGGGAAGCGCCCCCGACGCAACCGGGAGGGGGCGGAGCAUAGGACGGUUUCGGCCCCAGGCUAAUACUCGAGCCUUGGGCCUUGGCAAAGACGGAGGUGGUGCUUGUAUGCACGUAGGUGAGUACGAAUUAAGGGGGCUUUCUUGGGGGAGCCGUGGCAGUGCCGGGGGCGGGCGGCGGACUAACUGACUGACUGAGCCGCGAGGGUAGCGAGAACGGGGGAGUGGGAAGCGAGGCGGGUCCGGGUGGGGCCCCUCUCGGUUGGCCUGAAGUCGCGUUUGAGGAACGGGAACCGUCGAGAGCAGCGGAAGACCGUCCUUUCGGGUGGGAGUGGAUGGAGGGUGGGCUCCCCUCUCCGCUGGAUUGAUCUCUCUCGGGGCUCAGAGCCGCGCCGUGUGGUGCCAGGCCCUGGCUUCAGGAGUGGAAGGGGUGAGGGACGGCCGGUCUCGCCGCCUCCGCGCACAAGCGAGCGACCCGAUUUUCCUCGCCUCCCCUAGGCCGGGUUUUGUAACCGCAGGCGCAGCCCGAGGCAGCCCUGGGCGCCCCUACAAAGAUGAGCGCUGUUAAGCCCCUCACGUCUCGCAGCGACGGGCGCAGCUUCCUUUCUUCUCCUGGAGAGGCAGGCCUCCCUCCCGUGUGUACAAAACCAAACAGGCCCGGCCCAUUAAACAGUGCCGCACGUGCCCCUGUCAAGGAGACAUCCUUCUCCUAAGAAGAGCCUUGCUGGCCGUAACACUGGGUCAGACCAAAGGCCUGUCUAGCCCAGCAUCUUAUUUCCCACCGAGAAGAACCAGGUACCCCCAAGAAGAAGAAGAACACCAGCGCAGUAACCCUUUCCUACUUGUGGGCCCCAUCAACGAUGAGAUUCAUAGCCAUACUGCUGCCUCUUUCCCCUAGGCUUCAUGGCCUUUCAGGAUUGAUAAAUGUCUUUGUUGGAGGGGGAAGUAACUCUUUGGUGAGAAAUGUAACUCAAGCUUCCGUGUCAGGAAAUGCCCUCAAUAAAACAAAAGCAAAAGCAUCGUCAUACCGUAUCCUCUGUAGCCAACCAUCAGAGCACCUUCCAGUAUCCCAAGAGAGAGAAUGGUGGGGUCUUUCGCAAACAGCAGUGUUGGCAGUACAGUACACCCUGGUACUUGUUCUCUGACAGGGGAUUUUUACAGUGUGACGGAUGUUUAGGAGGCACAAGCUGUUGAGUAAAACACGGUGAAAGUUAGGAGGAUUUAAAAAAAAAAUAAAAUUGUCAUUCCACUCCCAAGAUAGUUGGGUUAUUGAUCUUUAGGAAAUGGGAGGGGAAAUGCCUUCAUUUAUGUUUAGCAUUCUUUAUAUAUUAUGCUUAAACUACCCUAGAUAGGCCUGAUUUGAUUAUUUAUUUGUGUUAUUUGAAUGGUUGUUUGUAUUAGUGCACUUUUUUCCUGGUUCACAUGUGACAAGGACAAUUGUGAACAAGAACCAUGGCAUCUGAAUUUGAGAACCCGAAUCCAAGUGCGAGAAUAAUGACAUUCCACCCAACUAUGGAAGAGUUCAAAAACUUCAGCCGUUACAUUGCGUAUAUAGAGUCGCAAGGAGCUCAUAGAGCUGGACUGGCAAAGGUAAAACAGACCACAAAAGUGUUCAAAAUGUUAUCUAGUAUGAUUCAGAAAAAUAUAGUGUAUAGUUAACUUACUUACAUGGGGGUUACAUUCCAGAGAUCACACCUAAAGCCAAAAUCAUGUUUAGUCCAAACCCAUUAUGUUUAGUGAUGGGUAGGAUUGCCAGAUUUUCCUGGAACGCCACUCCCUUUCUGCCUGUUUUAUUUUUUUUAGAUAAAGCUGAAUGAGCAAAUGUGCCUAAGUUGCCUUACUGUAAUUUGUUGAGAACCACAGCAUAGUGCUAAUGAGAAAUGUAUUUUGCAGUGAAGACGUGUCUUUGGAAAGUUUUGAUACACAGCUGCAUGCCGUUGAUGCUAAGGAAAUAGUUCUUAUUUUCAUUACAAAUAGGUCUUAAUAUUCCUCACUGAUAAAAAUUGAGUUGUUUAGAUUUUCAUAGUCAGACAUAGAAAUUUUGCACAUUGUCUAAUACUAUUUGCUUAACAAUAUUUGAGAUGAAGGGUGAUUCCCCCCCCAUAUUAAAAGUUGAGACAUUUUAAUGACUGUAUAAUUCUAACCGUGUCUACUCAGAAGUGUGAGCUAUUUAAUUCAAUGAGGCUUAGUCCCAACUAAUUAUAUCAAAGCAUUAUGCCAAUGAAAACUAUAUUAUAGAAUCAUAGAAUUGUAGAGUUGGAAGGGAUCCUGAGGAUUAUCUACUCCAACCCACUGCAAUGCAGGAAUAUGCAGCCGUACCCUUGGAAUAAUAUCUUAUGAAAUCAUGUGCCUUACUGGGUUACUUCUACAGGUUUUAUUUACUUGCUAUUUUGAACCAUUGUAUCAUUUGUCUUUUGAACUUUCUAGGUUGUUCCUCCAAAGGAAUGGAAACCACGCAAAUGGUAUGAUGAUAUUGAUGAUGUGAACAUCCCAGCUCCUAUUCAGCAAGUGGUCACAGGCCAGUCAGGCCUCUUCACACAAUAUAACAUCCAGAAGAAAGCUAUGACAGUUCGGGAGUUCAGGAGGAUAGCAAAUAGUGAUAAGUAUGGAAGUUUAAAUACAUUUCUAUUCUGUAAUUUUAUUUAUAAUAGUGAUAGCCAACAUGGCACCUUCCAGAUGAUGUUGGAUUACACCUGCAAUUCCUGGCCAUUAAUCAUGCUGGGUGGGGCUAAUGGGAGUUGUAGUCCAAAACACAUGGAGGGCACUACAUCAACUACCUGCUCUAGUUUCUUUUUUAAAUAACUGCCAAGCAAUGCCCAUGUAUGACCUGUCCUUUAGUUUUAACAGAAAGAACAGAUCUUCAUACACAAAGGCUUGAGUCAGCCCCAAGGAGCCCCUCUGCGCAUUGCAGUUCUUGCACCCAUAAUAAACUGUUUCCUCCUGUUCUGUGGCUCAUAGGAAUUGUGUUUAUCGCUGCUGACCAUCCAGGAACACUGGUGUUCUUUGUCAAAGAUUAUCACCAGAAUAAUUGAGAUAAAAUUAUCCAGUCAUGUACUGUAUUUCUUAAUGGUCUUUUUCUUCUCAAAUUAUGCAAAUCAGUUUUUUGGCAAAGAACUUGAGCCUGAUUGCAUAGCGUAUAAACGUUAUUACUAAAAGUAGAAAAGAACAAGAAUGGAACAUUUGGCUUCUUAGUUCUGCAUGUUUAUACUUAUACAUAUUCCCUCUAUCCAUAGUGCUUAUCUAAUCUGUUUUCUAUAAUACAUUUUUAUUAAGACUAAUCUGUUGUUGUUUUUUUAAAUGACUGCUACUUUUUCUGACAUUUCUAUGAGAUAUGCCUAUGAAAAAGAAAGUGAAAAGCAACUGCCUUCUAUUUUAGAUACUGCACCCCUCGAUAUACUGAUUUUGAAGACCUUGAACGCAAAUACUGGAAGAACCUCACAUUCAAUGCUCCAAUAUAUGGUGCAGAUGUUAAUGGCACACUCUAUGACAAGGUAAGAAGCAAACUUAUGAAUAGGUGUCUCUAACUUGUGUAUGGUUUACCUUGCUUUCAGUAGUGAUUACAAACUCUUAGCCUUGAUGCUGAGCUCUAACCAUUGUAUGGUGUCACUGAAGCAAGUGCAGACUUACCUGUCCCUGUUGCUGAAAUUAUCAAUAGGGCAAGGAGUAGAGGUUAGCAGUAAUAUAGGACAAAUCAUAUUAGUUAUUACAGCUGAUAAGAUGUUAAUUGCUUGUUUCUGUUUGGCUUCAUUUAAUUUCUUCAGCAUAUAGAUGACUGGAAUAUUGGCCAUCUGAAUACAAUUCUUGAUGUAGUAGAGAAUGAAAGUGGCAUUACUAUUGAGGGGGUGAAUACACCAUAUCUCUACUUUGGAAUGUGGAAAACAUCAUUUGCCUGGCACACAGAGGACAUGGACCUCUACAGCAUCAACUACUUGCAUUUUGGGGAGCCCAAGUCAUGGUGAGAGAAUCUGUUACGGAAAAGCAUUUUGUAUAUAACUUAUAUUUACCAUUCUGUAUUUCUAGUAAGAGUCUCAUGGGCAAGCAAACUUCCUGACUUCCUUAGUUUGGAAAAGAACAAAAUUGGCCUAUAAAUGUUGGUAGCUUAGCAAUUGAAAUUAUUUCUCCAUUAUUUCCUGUUAUUAUUACUACUACUAUUAUUAUGAUAUCUAAAGCUCUUCAACCCCAAGCUCCGCUAUGCUUUUUGUUUACUUAACGUGUUUGUGACUACAGGUACUCCAUUCCUCCAGAGCAUGGGAAGCGGCUGGAACGCCUUGCUAAAGGUAACCAUCUCUUUCUGUCUCAGUGGAUGUAUGCAGUUGAUUGUUUCUGAAGAGCCAUAGGAUCUACUUUCGCUUUAACGCUACCAUGGCAAUAACCCUAAUCCAGCAUUAUAAACCUAACAGCAGGGAGGAAGAACUUUUUGCACGUGAGGGAAAAACCUUUUCUAGUGCAGCAACUUACCCUAGUUCCCAUACAGUUCAACUGACAGGUUAGUGGAGUGAUGAAAUUCAUUAAAUCACAGUCAGUUUCUGAAUGUUGAAAUGAGCAAUGUUGGAAGACUAUUACCCUUGCACAGCUCCCUUUUCUUUUUUAAGGACUACAUAGGUGAAGAUCUGGACAAACAUUCAUCUUUUCAUGUAUCUUUUGCUAUGUCCUUGCAGCUGAAAGAGGAAACAUUACUCAUCAGCACAAUCCAGUAGAUCACUGUAAUAAUCGUGCCAAAAUGUAUAAAUAUACAGUAUAUAAUACAACAGUGAUGGUUAUACUGCUGGGAGCUAGUUUUGGCUUCCUUGGGCAAUGCCUGACAUUGGAGAAAUUGGAAAACCAUUUCAAGAAGAGACCUUGGGUGUGGGGAAGGACUGUACCCCAGUGUGUAGUGCACAUAUCCUUCAUAAUGGAGCUCCAGGUUCAGUUCUCGGCAUCUCCGAUUAAAGACCGAGCAGGGCUGGGAAAUAUCUCUGCUGAGAGACUUGGUCUCUGAAUGAGUGUGUGGGAAGGGAAAUUUCUUUGUGGUGGUAACCAUUCUUAGAAUCUGGGAAUGAAGUGUUUGUUUUUAUUCCUGCACUCCUACUUGGAGGGGGGGCGUUGAAGUUAGGCUGAUUGUCUUAAUUGUAAUCUGUUUAGGCUUUCAAAAUGUUUUUUACUCAGCUUGAUUAAAGGAAAUCCACUAGUUAGCUUCACUUUCUUUGGAACCUACAAACAAGAUGCAGCUUCUAUUAAGAGUCUAAAAAACGGAUAUUAAUCUCCACCUUAGUUCUUGGGGUUUUUAUUGUGAGGUGUCCCCCUCCCCCAUUUUCAUUAUUUUGGUCCUUAUUCUGAGUCUGUGACAUAAUUCGUAUUGUGCUAUGAGAUGAGAUAAGGAAAGACUGUCCACCUUUCCAUUAGAAACAAGUGGGUACAGUCACCUUUGAGAGAGCAUGAUAAUGGUCUGGUUUUUUUGCAGUCUUGUCUCUCUCCUGCUUGAGUAGCAAGAGUCGAGAAUAAAGUAUUAAAUAAUGUAGCCAAAGGGUAUUUAUGUGAGCAGCCCUUUUCAUCCAGGAACACAUAUAACAUCUUUACUUAAACAGGGUUCUUUCCUGGAAGUGCCCAGAGCUGUGAAGCUUUCCUUCGUCACAAGAUGACCCUAAUAUCUCCAUCAAUAUUGAAGAAAUAUGGCAUUCCAUUUGACAAGGUGAGAAAGGAGCAUUGGCAUUACUGCAGUUUUAGAGUACAUCUAAGGAAGCAUCAGGGAUCCUUGUAAGAUGACAGGAAUUGGAUUUCUGAGAAGUUGAUGAAAACACCAGAAAAUACAAAAUCUCUUAUGAGAUCCCUUAAACUUUGGCCUUCCUAUUUCUAGAAAGGUCUGGUCUUAAACUUACUGGACAAGAUAUAAUUCACUUGCAGAAGAAAACUAAGGUGCAGGGUUUGAUGCUGUGCAGAGGGAUGUAGCAAAUUAUUAUUUGUUUAAUUUGUGCCUACUUAGCAUAACAUGCCUUAACAUAGGGGUUGGCCACAUAGGGGUUGGCCACAUCUCUAUUCUAAUAACAGUUUCACAGUUCUAAUUGAAAUGGAAAAGGCACUACUAUAGCAUUGAAAGAUAGUUUUAGUCACUCAGUCUCAGCUGAUACAUAAUUUGUCUAAAUAUUUGUUUACAAAUGUACAUGUGGCCAAAUAAAAUUUUAACUAAAAUGUAUGUUGCACCUCAUUUCUUCUUCUGUCCAGAUUGAAAUAUGCCAUAUAUAGUUCAAUUUGCAGAAGUUCUCAGUCUCUUAGAAAUUUGAGAAUAGUGCAAGUAAAUCAGCCUUUGACAAUUUAAUUAUUUGAGCAAAAGGGUAAUUGAGCCCUAUGAUUUUGGAUUCAUAGUAUUAGAACUUACAAGUAAGAGAUAAUGUGAAAUGCAGAUAAUCUUAAAUGGCCUUCCUGUCUUACAGGUGACCCAAGAAGCAGGUGAAUUCAUGAUAACCUUUCCUUAUGGAUACCAUGCUGGCUUUAAUCAUGGCUUCAACUGUGCUGAAUCUACUAAUUUUGCUACACUUCGGUGGAUUGAGUAUGGAAAGCAGUCUGUACUAGUAGGUGUCAAUAUGCUUGCUGCUUGGAAAAAAAAUCCCUACUUAACAGCUUGAUUUUUUGAAAAGGGGAUCUUGGAACUACUGUAUUUUUAUAACAAAUAUUUUUGUUGGUGAUUCUGGGCUGCAAAGUCGAAUCAGCCAGUUUAGUCUUUCUAAGAUUGAUUAUGCUUAAAAAUGUGCAGUGGGAGGACUUGAUUAGAGAACUUUGGAGUCCUUUACACCUCUACCCCAUUCUGGUAAGCAGCAGUGAUUGUUGGUAUAGGGAGAGCUCUGAUCUUGCUUCCAUCUUUCCCCACAAUGGCCAAGUAAGUAGCCACAAGUAGCGUCAGGGCAGCUUUAUGGCACCACUGCUCUGGCUGCUCCUGCGUAGUUCCCCAAAUAGAGGCAAAUCUUGUUUAAUCUACUGUAUAAAGCACAAGACUUGUGAAAUAACAAUGUGGCAAUGAGACUUGUUGAGUUUCCCAGUACUCUUUAUAUAUGUUUUGAGAGAGAGAUUUUAUUGAACCUCCCAGUGCUCUCCCAUCCAAGGGUCUGAUCAGAGCUGCACACUGAUCAGAGCAGUGGGGCAGCUACAAAUGGUUCUAGGCCAUUCACUGGGUGCUUUUUUAUUUCAUCAUUAAUCAUUUGUUACACCAACUAACAAAUGUGUUGAUGUCAGAAUACAGCUCACAACUUUUGAUAUUAAGAAUAUUAGACAGGAAUUGGAUGUACACACUUAUUACCCAGCACUCCCCAAAUACAUUUCCAAUUAGUCAGUGGAGCCCCCUGCCUCUGUUAUCUACUCCCUUUUUGCACAUUAUUAUUUUCAAUCUCAAGUCCUAGUACCUGCUUAUUAAUUCUGACUGGGAAUGGUAUGUGAAAUCAUUGGAGGGAAAACAUGGUAGCAGAGUAAAGUAACAUUGGACGGAAAUAGAAAUAGAAGUGGCCUCACUUGGUUUGUUAUUCCAUGCAGUGUUCAUGCCGAAAGGACAUGGUCAAAAUCUCCAUGGAUGUCUUCGUGAGAAAAUACCAGCCAGAACGCUACAAGCUUUGGAAAGCAGGGAAAGAUGCAACUGUCAUUGACCACACACUUCCAACUCCAGAGGCAGCUGAGUUCCUUAAAGGAGAGCUCCUCCAGAAAGUUAAGAAGGAGAAGCAAUGUCCUGAGGAAAGUGAACCUGAAGAAGGAUGCAAAGCAGAGGAAGAUACGGAGAAGAAGAGGUAUGUUUGUUUUUUAUACCGUGCACAGAAAUUGUGAAGUGGCCAAUUCAGGAGCUGGAUAUUACCUUCCUUUCCUAUGGACAAAUUUGAUCAAAAGUGAUGAUCAACCUACUUAAGGACAUGGCCAUCAGCAAAUUCUUGUUUUGAUGUUUUUCUGGCUCACAGAGGGGUGAUGAAUAUUUAGAUGAAUGCAGGAAAUAAAAAGCAUAUAGCUGAGAAGUGCUAUUUGAUCAGCAUUUUCUUUAAAUAUAUUUUCACUGUAGGCUUGUGAGGGAGCAUUUUACAGAAAAAGCUGAGUUGAUUUAAUAUAUUGCAAACAUCUGACUAGAUUACCCUGCCUUUUCCAGCCUUUUCACCUUAAGUCUGUAUCCAUGGUGGAUACAUUACAUUGAAUAUGGCUACUCCAUGGCUAAAUAAUAGUUAAGACCUUUAUGUAAAACAGGGAUCUUUUUAAAGCUGAGGAGGAAAUGCUGUAAAAUUUAUUCCAAGCAUUGAUGUCAAUGAAUGUCCAUUUACUCUGUGGCAGAGUGGUAUGGUUUCUAUCACCCUUCUCCGUUGUUGUCUCCGUCGUGAUACAUGCAUUUAUUUAUUUUUGCAGGAAGUCCAUUAGUCAACUAGUCCUGAGAGAUAGCAACUUGCUGUGAUGGCUUCAGUUGUGCUUAACUUGUAAGACUUGUUUUUGCAGCAUGCCCAAGCAUCGCAUUGGAACCAAACGGCACCGCGUCUGUUUAGAGGUUCCUCAUGAGGUGAGCCAAAGUGAGGCCUUUCCCAAAGAAGAGCUGGGUUCAGUGCAGUUUGACAUGGAAGUGGCAGAACCACCUGUUGGACCUGCUAGAGAGCCUGUGCAACAAGGGGACCAAGGGCUUGCACCCCCAGGUAACUGCUUCAAGGUCUUGCUCCAUUGCACUGCUCCAUCAGCGUGUACCAUGUUGCUGCGGUUUUAUUCAUACUGUCACUCUGGUGCCAUGUACCAGGUGCAACACACAUUAGAUUGAAAAGGGCUACUGUUUCUGCAUUACAUGCAGAAAUCUAGGCAGUAAAUUAGCACGACCUUUAAAUCUAGCAACAAAAUACAUGCUCAAAGAAGCUGGGGCAAUCACAGAGAAAGUAGAUGGGUUCUUUGCAGUAAUGUUCACCUUAAGUUAUUCAGAGUCAUUUGACAAAAUAAGUCCAAUACUACCAUGUCAUUAAAAGCUUUUAGAACAAAUUAAUAAAGUGAAUAGCGGUUAGCCCCCAUAUCUUUUUUUUUAAAGAAUAAUUUUUUAUUAACAGACCAAUCACAUCAAAUCAAACCAAAUUACAUAAAUUCCAAAUUACACAGCCGAAUUUUAAAUUAUUGUUGGGGGUACCCAUAUUUCAAGUUCCGAAGGGAUCCAAUCAACUUCUUGCUUCUUACUGCUGUUUUAAUGUCCACAAAUCUAACCUUAUGAUGUUCAUAGUACUAUCCAGUCCUUUCUUAUUAUUUUUCCACAUCUCUUGUUGUUAUUUUCAUAUAUUUUUCCUUUCUCUUUGUGACCUCUGAUAGUCUCCGCAAGCUGGUUAGAACAGUUUGUAAUCCUGCGUGGAUUAUUUUUUUUUAAUCCGGUAGCCAUAUCCAGACGUUUUCCAUAUAACAUCACUUCCAUACAUCAAAACAGUCUUAGCAUCAUCAAUCUUCACCAAUCUGCCUCCUUUCUCAAAACCUCUGAGGAGAUUCACUAGGAAUGCAGUCUGAAAACAAGUCCAUUCUUACUCCCGGCUAUAAAUCCUUUGGCAAGAUGGCGACUCCGAAUUAAUUGCUGCGCCAUUCCCAAAAGCUCUUAUUGCUUCUCGGUCUCCAUAAAGCAUACUUUUGGUUAAAGUUUAUCUCCACACAGACCUUAAUCAUCCUGCUUGGGUCAGUUCAACCGACGGUUCUAAUCAUCUGAAAGUUGUAAAGGAACUGAUACAGAAUUACCAAAGGGUUCAUUGUGGUAACAAUAAAUUGCCUAUCGUUAAAAUCUUUAGAAGGUAGCUAAUAUGUAGUGUUUUAAAAGAUUUGAAAUAGAUUGGGAAUGCGCGCUGGGACAUGCAAGUAGGGAUAAUAUGUGUCCCCUCCCUCUUCCCUUAAUGUUGAGUUUUAACAUUAUGCAGGUAGAGAAUUCAAAAUGGACAAUAAUUUUUUUGGGGGAAAAAUGCUUAUGAAAUGUGCAAGCAUGCAUGCUGAGAAAUGGUGGGGUGGUGAUGACACUGAGCUAGAAUGUUUUCUUGGUGUUUGAAGUCAUGGAAUAAAAAGGUUGCUGGGGCACUGCUGACAUAGCCAGACUUAGCUACCUGAUGGAUCACCUCUGGAAGCCUCACUUGGAAUUUGUCUCAUUUGGCAGUUACUAAUGAGUGCUUUAAACAUUGUUUUGGUCCAGAAUAUGCAGAUUCCUCGGAAGUAAAAUUUGAAGAACUGAAAAAUGUCAAACUAGAAGAGGAAGAGCCAGAUGCAGCUGUUUUGGAUCUUUCCAUCUCUCAUUCUGUGACUUCAGCCUUGACCCAGUCAGCCAUGAAGCAGAGUUCAGCCUCCAGCUCUCAGUCUGGCUCUUCAAUGUGUUCAAGUUCUUCAGAUUCUGAAUCUCCUGACUUCCCCAGGCAGGGUCUUGAGCAAGCUGAAGUUCUCACAGUGCACAGUUAUGCUAAAGAAGAAGUCGGUGGCAUGGACAGUGAGCAGCCCUCUGGAAAAAAAGCCAGUGCUACUACCCGUGUGAAUGAACAGGAACUUGCAAAAGUAAUUAGAAGAUUAGUAUUGGGAUUGCAUUACAAGAGCAGUCUUGCUGUAGCAUAUGCUGCAAGCAGACUAAUGAUCAGUGAUAUCUAAAUUGUAUGAAUUGUGUAAUAGAUCAGGCUUGACCUUAAGACUGGUCUUCUUUUAUGUAAUGUGCUGUCAGCUUGAUCCUUGUAGGGUUUUCCAAUACAAGCCUAAGCUAGAUAUUAAAUAGGUGUGCAUUUGUGCUAGGACUGUGUUUUCUGCUUUGGGCACCAAGUAACUCUAGAUGUCCAAAAGCUAUAUAUUUGCACCUCUGGUUUUUAAGACAUGAGUACUUUCUCCAAGUGAAAGUCUUGUAUGUCAUGGAACGUAAGCCACAAAACUUUUCUCUCUCUUCUUCCUGACUUCAGUUCUGAAAAUUCUCUUCCCCCCCUCGCAAUCUGUUUAUGUUGUGCUGCAUCUGUUGUCUGUGAAGAGAUGCCCACAGACCUACCUCUGUCUUUUCCAGAUGGCGAAGGAGUACAUCAGAUCAGUAAAAGACCGUAAAAAAUCAAAAGGGCGUCGCCAGCCCCUGAGCAAACUACCACGUCAUCACCCACUUCUGGUUAAAGAUGGCCUCAGUGAUGAUGGUAAGUUCAGUGUUGUUUCCUUCCUGCAAUAGAGGUCUGUUGUGGAUGCUAGUGAGGAUUGGAGAUUCCCAGAUGUGUGCCCUUGUGCAAUUCCUGGGCAGACACAGAUUUUUUGAUUUUUUUAAAGGUGUGCGUAUUGCUCACUUGUUUCCUACAUGCAUGCCACAUUUGUGCAAAAUGAACACAUUUGAAUGAAUGAAUUGGAAGGCAGGGACAAAGACAAAGGGGAAUGCCUACUGGCAUGGAUGGAAGCAAGCAGAUUUGGUCUCCAACUGCAAAUGUGUGUAUAUGUAGACUAAUGAGGUAAAAUUUGAACGGAGAAAAUGUGGAUUCAAAAUGAAAUCCGCCCCCCACGUUAUUCCUUGAAAUAUGUUCUCUUACUCAUUUCUGGAAUAUUUUGAUUAAUAGUUCCUGAGAAGAUGCAGUGCAUGGCUAACUGAACUAGAAUUACUCUGGCAUUGAAUUUUCAGCCAGCAGGUUAUGGGCAGGUACAGGGCUUUGAUCUGUUUUGGUUCCUAAAAUUCAAGACACUUUUUGUAUCUAUUUAACAUUUAGUGCGUACUGUGUUACUUCCAAGUUAUUGAUCCCAUAAAUUAAAUAGGCUUGAGGAUCAUCAUGCUACAGCUUCCACUAUUGCACCACAUGUGUGAGAAACCUGCUUGUGAUUGCUGCUGGUGAAGCAAACUUUCAGCAGGACUGGGCAGUUGUACACUUUUGGGGACAGUGAGAACAGUGUCGUUUGGUAGUACUUGUGAAAUGGUUCAAACCGUUAAGGAAUUUUCCAACAAUCUAUAAGUCCCUUGACUCCCUUUGCAGCUCAGGUUUGUAAGCUUUGAAAGACCCCUGUGUAUCUUAUUGCAGAGAUGUCAGAGCAGCUGGCACCAGAUGAAGAAACUGAGGAGAUAGAAACAUGGGCAAAGCCACUCAGCCAGCUAUGGCAGAAUCGCCCUCCAAACUUUGAGGCAGAAAAGGAGUACAACUCAGCCAUGGCUCAGCAAGCCCCCUAUUGUGCAGUCUGCAUGCUGUUCCAAACCUACCAGGUAAGCAGACCAAAUCUUUUAGAGGUCUUUGUAGUGCACCAGCGCUGAGAGAAAAUAGCCAAGGAUAUAAUAAAAACUAGGUUGUGGGACAUUGAACACCAGGAACUAACAGCAGCAGCAGAGAAAACAUGUUCCCCUCUUAACUUUCAACUUUCUUGGGCAUAUGAAAUUAACCACAAUUAUCUUGAAUUUUUGCUUAAUCCUCAAGAAAGAAGGGCAUUUUCGCUGGCCAGGUUUAAUUCAAAUCCUUCAAACCUCCUAUGGGGAAGGUUCUCGGGAAUGGUGGAAGGAGAAAGAAUUUGCCCAUGUGAAGACCAUCAGGUGGAAACUCUUACACAUAUGGUUCUUAAAUGUAAACUAUAUGUUGAUCUCCACCAGCAGUUCCUAGAUCAACUGCAUCCCCAAAUGGGAACCAGAGUGUCAUACAUUUUCUAUUAUUGGGGAAUAAUCAGGAGCUCACCAAGUUAGUGGCUAAAUACCUUUAUCUGGUUUUUUGUCGUCGAAACACAUUGCAGACAUCUGAUCUCUCUGGAGACCUAGAGAUCUAAUGUUAGACUGCCUUGCCUCUUUCAUUUGACAAAUGUUUUGUGUCACUGGAAAGGCGGGAAUUCUGUACUGAUUUGCUAUGGAUAUUUGUAUGUGAUGCCAAUAAGAGGUUUGAAGAUGAUUCCAUAGAGAGUUACUUGUGAAAAUACUGUGGGGUAUGGGUCUCUUUAAAUCGUGUUGGAUUGUUUCCAACAGCUGGUAGAGCCUACCCUUAUCAACACCUUCCAUUUAGCUUCUCUGAGCCAAAUCUAUUAGAAACCUCUGUAGCAGUUUGAUGUGACCCAGGAAGCUUGGAAUAUGGAGCAAGAUAAUAAAACAGAAUGGGUACUAUAAUGGGAUUACAGUACAAGAUAACUGGGGUCUAAUUUAUCCUGUCCUCGAUCUUGGCACAUGAUUACUUGUUUAAAUUUAAAUUACUUGUUUAAAUUGUUUAAAUUAUUUAAAAUUAUGCCCUCACAUUUGUACCUUGGUCUGGCAGCAAGUUGGCUUACUGGGUUGUGUGUGGGGGUUUUGACAGUAAUAUUUAGUGUUUCUUUCUCACUAGGGAAUUCUACUAAAUCUACAUCUGAUUUGUCACUAACCUUGUCAUUGGCUGUGUUACUUGUCUGUUUAAGACUAGAGUAUUGUAGUUCUUGUGUUCGGACAGGACUGUACCUGAUAGGUAGCGUACUGAAUGAGUAGGUGGCCUUUGUUAUUACCUACACUCUUAACUGCCUUGCCAAACUGGUGUCCUAUUAAAUGACUCUUUUUCCUCCUCUUACAGGCAGAUUGUGGAGGCCAGAGCUCGCAGGCAGCUCCAGAUGCUGAUGGAAAGAUGAGAACUAAGCCCCUGAUUCCUGAGAUGUGCUUUACUACCACUGGCUGCAGCACAGAUGUCAGCCUCUCCACUCCGUACUUGGAGGAAGAUGGCACCAGUCUUCUGGUCACUUGCAAACAGUGUCAAGUUCGAGUACAUGCCAGUGAGUACUAAAGAUCCUGGGUGUGAUCCUGUGCUAUGAUAUUAAAUGCUGUCCCUCCAUUUUACUCUGUUUUAAAAAGGGAGAGAUGGACCUGUGGUAACUCACUGCUCCUUUUUUUUAAAAAAAGCAGGGAAGGAUGCAGAAAAAUAUUAUUGAGCUGCCUUUUGGGAACUACCUUGAUUUGUACAGAGAAUAAAAUGAACAAGUGCAUGGAAUACCUUGCAUUAGUGUGAAUUAGCUAAGAAAUGAACAGGAAAUCUAAUCUGUGCACAUAGUAGAACUAGAGCAUGCCAAAGAAAUUAUGCAGCAGAUUAAAAAAAGCAUACAGAAAGCAUUUGCACACCACACAUAGUGGAACUGUGAAAUUCUUCCACUUGAAAGUUUGUAUAAGAGUUCAUUAAAAAAAGACAGCAAAUGAUCAAUAGGAAUAUCAGCUGCUAUUAGGAUUGCCACAAAAUAUUGUCUACAUAAUGUUUUGGGUAUUCUUAACACUUCCGGUCUCUAGCGAUUUAUAGUGAGAAAACUAAAUCUGGUUAGUUACCCAGUUUUAAUAAUUUAGCCCCUCAUUCCUAACAGUGACCAGAGUCAGGAUCUGAACCCCCACCUACCCCUACUCCCAUAGCUGUUCUUAGGCGUUGAGUAAAUCAUGAAGAAAUGUGGGUAUUCCCAUUUUGAAAUAAAAUAUGAAAAGAGUGUAAGAGGCUCAGUGCUAUUGUUAGAUAUGUAUUACUAUGAUUUGAAUGGGUGAUGGAAUGGUUAGUCUAAAGUCUGCUCAUGUUCUGGUGUUGUCUGUUUCUUCUCCCUAUGGUCUGAAUGCCAUACUGUUGUGUUCGGGGACGCAACUGCCGUAUUCAGCUAUGCAGUGAUUAAUUCUAUCAGUAAAUAAAGUUACUGAAGCAGGAAGAGUAGAGUCUGAAAAAGCUUGCCAGUUUAGUUAUAUGCUGCUUCUUCACAGUGAGCUGUGGCCAAAGCAAUUUACAACAUAAAUCAAUUUAUCAAAAUACAAAAAAGGAAGGGGGAGAAAUCAGUUUACAAACCUACCAAUAAAUCCAAAUAGGAUAAAAUCAGUAAUUCAGAAAACAUUGAAGAAAUAAAUAAUCUAGAUUUAACUUACAUUUUGCUCCAUAUUUAUGUAUUAAUGGACAAUACACACACACACACACACACACACACACACACACUUAUUAGAGAAAAAAUACUUCUCCUGUUGAAGUUGUAUGUUCAUUUGUGUUAGGUUGUUAUGGAGUAGCCCCUGCGAAAGCAACUGAGGACUGGAAGUGCUCUAGAUGCAAAGCUAAUGCCUUAGAAGAGGUAAGAAAAUCUUGAAUGUCAUACCUUUUGCUAAAAAACUCUUGUGUAUACGUGUGGGCCUUGACUCAAUGCUACUGGGAUAGCUUUUGGAAUGCUAUACAUGAAAAUGUUCUAUUGAAAUGUAAAUAAUAUUGUGAGCUAGUUUUUGUUACGAAAAUGCUUCAUGGAAUUGUCUCAAAGGAAAUUGGAAGGUUGACUUAUUGAAAUAUAUAGGCAAUGACUGUUUUAGCCGUGUGCAAUUGAUGCAUGACUGUGCAUGCAUGUAUCAUGCUGUCCCCAAAAGUGGCUGGAAAAGGGAGUGGAACGGAGCAGGUUGUGCUUACAUGCACUCCGCUGCUGCCCAUGGGGGGUCAAGAACAUAACCUCCACACAAAGCAGUCAGUUCUUGUAUUUGUGUCUGUGUUUAAUGGUAGCCCGUUCAUUGAAUGCCUCAUACUGGAACUGUUACAAAGUGCAAGAUUCUUUGAGGUAGCUCUUUUGAAAUUUCCCUAAAGCAGUAUGUCAGGUUGCACAUUGAGAUUCCAUGUUAAAAUUAAUAUUUAUGGUGCUCAUUGAGAACCAUUAUCUGGUCUGCUGGUUUAGAGAAUUGGGUCCUGUUUAGUAUGUGACUUACAGGUACUUGAGCUGAUAAUGGAACUGGUCUGUAAGAGCCACUACCUAACAAUUUGGUUAGGAUGCUGUAUAUAGGCUUAGCAUCCAGCUGAAUAAGGCAGAGUUCCUGCUUCACCUCCACCUUCAAUUUUCAUUGGUGUAGGAGGACUUCCUCUUCAUUUGUUCUAGAACUCAACCCCAUUGAGUGCAUUCUGCCCAGCAUGAGGCAUAUGUUAAGCCCUUCAUUUCUGCAGGUUUCUAGUAGAAUUGGUUUGAAUUCUCUUCCGCUUUAGUAUGCUAGCUUGACAAAAGUGGUUAAUGCAAUAAAAAGAGAGAUAAGCUUGUACAAUCUGCAGGACUGAGCAUUUUGUGUGUUUGAGAGAGAUAGGAAGGUUCUGUCACAAGGAUGAAAGUGAGAAUUUCUUCAUUUCUUCUGUUUUGGUAACGUGGCUUUUUUUCUUACCUGUCAGGAUUGCUGUUUGUGCUCACUUCGGGGAGGUGCACUUCAAAAAGCCAAUGAUAACAAGUGAGUACUUGGGUAACUGAAUAUGGAAGGGAUGCAGGUGGCGCUGUGGUCUAAACCACUGAGCCUAGGGAAGGUUGGCGGUUUGAAUCCCCACGACAGGAUGAGCUCCCGUUGCUUGGUCCCAGCUCCUGCCAACCUAGCAGUUCGAAAGCACACCAGUGCAAGUAGAUAAAUAGGUACCACUGUGGCGGGAAGGUAAACAGCGUUUCCGUGCACUGCUCUGGUUUCGCCAGAAGCGGCUUAGUCAUGCUGGCCACAUGACCCAGAAAAACUGUCUGCGGACCAAUGCCGGCUCCCUUGGCCAGUAAAGUGAGAUGAGCACCGCAACCCCAGAGUUGUUCGCAACUGGACCUAACUGUCAGGGAUUCCUUUAUCUUUACCUUUUACCUGGGUAACCGAAUAUGGAAGGUCUUUUUUCCUAAAAUGUGUCAAUAAUUCACUUAAUUUGAAGCAACAGAUAUGGGAAUUAUGAGUUCCUGUUUGGUGCAAAGUGGGUUGUGAGGAAGCACAUUUGCUUACCUAACCUUUGUACAAGGCAGGGGUGGGUGUAGGUUUGUUGGUUUCAGAUGCAUCAUCUCCUGCAGCCCAUCUUUUAUAAGCAUGUGUUAACACUCCAUCUUCUGAUGUUGUUCAGGUGGGUUCAUGUUAUGUGUGCUGUGGCAGUUCUGGAGGCUAAGUUUGUGAACAUCGCAGAACGCAGUCCAGUGGAUGUCAGUAAAAUACCACUGCAGCGCUUCCGGCUGGUAAGAAGGCAGAUUGUUUUGUUCCUUUGAAGUGAUCAGUAUUCCCAGCAUAUGCGUUUUGAUUAUUCUUCCAUCAACAUUCUUACAAAGGAUGUAAAAUAAGGUUGUUCAGACCAAUAAGAUAAGUGAAUCUGGAGUGAGAUUAGAAGCAGAAGCAAUUGUACAGGUGUAAAGUAGAACACAUAACCUGUAUACUGUGCCUUCUAAGCACUUCGUAUAUGUUGUUCCAGUGAUCUGUACAGCAGCCCUAUAAGUUAAUUAUGUUGUAUUAUGUUGCAGAUAGCAACUUAAAGCUGAAAUUAUAGCUUGCCUAAUAGCUAUAACUAUUUGUUUUCUGCAUUUACAUCCUGCUCUUUUCCCAUGAAACUACUAAUUCCAAAGCCCUUCCCAGCAACUUUUAGUCAAAAGUAUUCACCUUGCUCCUGCCUGCAAGAUGGACACAUUUUUCCUAGAUGUGUAAUUAUGAGGGGUUGAGAGACCCAAAAGCCUACUAGAUACAAGAGAUUAGAGGGCACUGAAAUGCCAACAGCAUUGGUCAUAUCAGUGUCAGGUUGAACACACCAGUUGCAUUAUAAUGAGAGAGCAGACUACUUAUGCUGCAGAGAAAGAUGGGGAAAGUAAACUAUCCCAAGGAAAUGGGCCAUUAUUCUCCUGCAUCCUAUGUAUGGUGUGCGGUUAACAGCCCUUUUCAUCAGCAAGCAGUGUUGCAUUGCAUUUUGUUGUAAAUUACCUUGAGCAUAGCAGGGGAAAUUUACAAAGCAAUAUGGCAUAGACUACCUGCAGCUAACUAAACAGCAUGAGUUCUCUAUUAUUAUUCUUCACAGGGUUCUAGAAUAUCAGUGUUCAUUUGUGGAAAGUGCAGUACUUUAUUUACUUGAUGGAGAUCAGUAAGUGCAUUGACAUUUUAAAAAUGAAAUAUAAAACACAAAUCAGAACUGACAGACCUAUUGAAAAUAGGAAUUUAUUACAUUUGAACCCAAACCUCUCAUCUACUUCUCACUUGAAAGAAUGCAGAUGACUUCUUUUUUUAAGAGCAUAGGAAAAUUCAGAGAACAAAUUGUGAAGGAAAAAAGAUGUUCUUUUCUACUGAGAUAGUAAUUGUUAUACCUCCUUUCUGUGAAAGGAGACCAGUAAUUGAUUAGGGAGAGGACCAGGGAUAAGCAUUCAUUUCUCAUUUUUGUAGUAAAGAUGAAUGAAUAAGCUAUUCACUGGCAGUUGGCUAAGGACACAGCAAGUAAAAUCCAGCUGUAGUUUUUUAUGGAAUACAAGGGUCCCUGCCUAGCUCAAGAGUCUGUCAUCAUCAUUAUCAUUAUUAAAAUAUAUAUAUUGCUAUUCAUCAAACGAUCUUCGGGCAGUUCACAAGAUAAAAUACAAGAUAAAAACACAUGGAAACUUGAGCCAGAUAAAUGACAUACUGUCAGGGCUUCAGGUCUCCUACACUUUCACAACUUUUGAGACUGGAUAAGCAGAGGCAAAGGUGGGGACAGCAUUGAUAACUUAGUCACACUUCUCCGUAAGAGAUUUUCCUGCUACCCUCUUGAUAUUACAGUAGCUCCCUCUCACUCACUCAAAAUAUAUCUCAAAUUUAGUCUGCUGUUUUCAGGGUAGUGUGGUGAUAUGAACAUAAUUCAUGACUUGUUUUUAUUUAUGCUUUGGAAAAGCCUUUGUGUUUUGUUCCCACCAUGCCUUCAUCUCAGUCUUUCAUAUUACUGUACUGUUAGAAUGGGUAUUAUCAGUCCAUUAACAGUUGCCCAUUUAUCUUAUAUUGUGAAUAACCUGCUUCUGUUGUCAGGUAUUUCAUGUUUUUCAGCUGAUGUUGUACAGCUAGGUUGGCACUCUUGUUUAUGUACUAGUUCAAAGCCCUGUGCUCUAAAUGAGAUGCUUGUUCUUUCUCAUUUGGGUAUUAGACUUUUGGGCAUAUCAGAUAUGACAUGAGAGCAGCAGGGAUAUUGGAGGCACCAUUCUUGAUAAUUUCUCAGCAAAUUAUUACAGGGAAAGCCCUGUAAGAAUUGUGAGGAGACUGCCAGGGAGGGACAACUAAUUGAUAAGCCAAUAAAAAUGAUUCAUGAGGAGUUUAAUGGUCCAUCCAUUUUUGUGACAAACCCUUGAACAAAAGUUGAUGUAUUACAAAGCUCACAUACAUAGGUAAGCAUAAGAUGCAAAUGGUUAACAUUUAUUUGGAAUUUGGAGAUAUCCACAACAUUUGAAAAACUGUCUCAAUAUUUCUAAAUCAGUCCUAUAUAAAGUGUGCUUCUUUCAGUACCUCAACUUUAAAACUGUAGCAUCCAAGCCAGAUUUGAAGCUGAUAUGGCUCACUGUCCUUUCUGGUUGUCAUGUUCCUUGAAUCUGUUGACCCUAAACUGGUUUGUUCACAGAAAUGUGUUUUUUGCAAGAAGAGGCGGAAAAGAACUGCUGGCUGUUGCGUGCAGUGCUCUCAUGGCCGCUGUCCUACAUCCUUCCAUGUCAGCUGUGCUCAGGCAGCUGGAGUCGUGAUGCAACCGGAUGAUUGGCCUUUUGUGGUCUUCAUUACUUGUUUCAGGCACAAGAUUCCAUCCCAGGCAGAGGUAAGGUCAUGGAGGCUGUUAGAUUUGGUUUAACUGUUAAAGUCAUUUGCAUAUCCAUACAGGGAUGAAAAUAGUUAGGAAUCUAAAGACAUGCAGCACCAGCAAAACACAUAGCGCUUGGGAGGGGAAACAGUGAUCUCCUUUGUUCAGUGGAGGAGCAUAUCAUUUUAGGGCUCUGUGUUAAUUGACAGCUUUGGGCAAGUUAUCUUACCCUUCCUGGACAUAAAAUGCAUUGGAAGUGCUUCGCUCCCUGAUCAGUGGUCCAUAAGCUUGGAAGUUUUAUUUAUCUUGACUAUGGCUCUUCUUUUUUCUUCAGCGAGCCAAGGCUGCUCUUCAGGAUCUUACCGUGGGGCAAGCAGUGAUCAGCAAGCACAAGAACGGGCGUUUCUACCAAUGUGAAGUGGUCAAUCUGACCAAGGAAACCUUUUAUGAGGUCAACUUUGAUGAUGGCUCCUUCAGUGACAACUUAUACCCAGAAGACAUUGUGGUAUGCUAUGUAAUGAAAGAGCCAUUCCACUAGAGGGUGUAUAGUUUAAGGAAAUGCCUUCCUGAAUGUUCAUAUUGCAUCUCAGUUCACAUUGCUGAAGUAUUAGUGUUCAUUGAAGUGGGACAAAUCUCUAAAGCACCUGAACAGGGCUCAGCGUAUCACUUUGGGCUGUAGGAUGUAGACUCUAAAUGGAGCACUUAAAAUGCCUGACUGCUUUAUUACAAAUAUUUUCCAUUUCCUCCUCCUUGGCAUUUUUGUACUUUUAGCAUCAUUUUUUUUAAAGGAUGCCAGAUAACACCAGCUGUGGUAGGAGCACAUAUCUGAAACACCAAGGAUAAAGUGUUCUUUGUUUUUUAUUGUUAAACCUUUACAUGUAUUAUUGAGAAAAAAUAGGGUCAUAGACAGGUAUCUACAGAGAUGAAUUAGCCACGACUUGUUCCAUGCUGUAGAACAGCUGUGUAGUUGUAGCACCAGAUUUGAAGUGUAAACAGCUGCCAAUUUAAGGCAUCAAUGCUCUAUGUGUAACACAAGUUUCAUUCAUAACAGCAACUAAGAGAGAGCAGUAAUUCCACUUAAUGAAAGGUCUGAUGCCUCCUCAACCCCCAUUCAUCCACUCAACUGGUAACUCUCUCCAGAGUGGGUUGGAUAGUCGGCAAUAUUUAUUCUUCCCAUUUGUAAAUAGAUAAUGUUUAUCUUUUUCAAAAAAUUAUCCCACAUGACAGAGUCAAGAUUGUCUCCAAAUGGGUCCUCCAGCUGGAGGUGAAGUUGUUCAAGUGAGAUGGACAGACGGCCAAGUUUAUGGAGCUACAUUUGUGGCUUCGCAUGUUAUUCAGAUGUACCAGGUAAGGACUGAGUGAGAAGGGAUUAUACCUCUAUCUUCUGUCUCCCCUGUCUUUUUGUAUGAGUUCCCCCCCCCCCCGAUGGCUUACUAACUUGGAGGUCUACUACUUCUGCUCAAUUCACAAACUUAUUUAUCAGUUGUACAAGUGGCAGAUGGCAUCUAGGCUGUAGCUUGGCCAUAGUUAAGGAGCACUGGUUGAGCUGAGCAUUUGAAAUUUGACUUGCUUUAAUUGUGGUUGUGUGCUGUGAUUCUAAAUAUCUGUCCAAGUCCCUUCGCAGUCCCCUCUCUUGCUGUUAGCCUGUCUUUCACCUUUCCCACCCUGAUGUCUCUUGAGGGCAUAUAUGCAGAUUCAGUGUUUGUUUCUCAGCAUCAGUUCAACAAAUGCAGAAGCCAUGAGGGGACAGAUGGUAAGAUGGACAUUAUCCUGAACUCAGGAAGGCAUGGGUUACUGUGCUCACUUGACAGUUGCCUGAUUUUUCUGGAUGUAGGUGGAAUUUGAGGAUGGCUCCCAGCUGAUGGCAAAGAGGGAUGAUGUGUACACUCUUAAUGAAGAACUUCCUAAGAGGGUCAAGUCAAGGCUGGUGAGUCAAGGAGCAGGGGAGGCUGAUCCAUAUAGUUCUUUUCACAGAGAAGUAAAGUUAUAACUCAGACCUUUAUGUGCCUGAGAUGGUUCAUUUCAUGUAGCUAUGAGCAUAGGUGCAUUUUAAUUAUUAAUUUAUGAUGAGGGGGGCACGAUAUCCCUGCAAGGUGCAAUCCUUGAUUUUAAACAGUGAUCGUGGAUCUUCUGAAAACAUUGUAAAAUCCCUUGUAACUAGCCCUAAUUUUAUUUUAAUGACUGGCAAACUGAACUGAUGCUUCAAAAGCUGCCAUUUAAAAGUCCUGAAAUUGAAAGCCCAAUUGAUCACCUGUUUGUGGGGAUCAGCUGGGCCACCUCUAAUGCAGAACAUGAAUGCCAUUCUCAUAGUAACUAUUUUGGUUGAUUUCUCUCCCACAGUCUGUUGCAUCUGACAUGCGCUUCACAGAGAUCUUCACAGAGAAGGAGGUCAAACAAGAAAGAAAAAGACAGAGGGUCAUCAAUUCACGCUACCGUGAAGAUUACAUUGAGCCUGCACUGUACCGGGCCAUUAUGGAGUAGUAGUGGAGUAGUAGCUGGCAACAGAAUUGCGGUGACCACCUCCAGGUGGAUCCUAGCACUCCAGCACAGCAGAGGCCAAACAGACUGUCUUUACAUCCAGGUUUUUUAAAAAAAUAAUAAUGAAACAAACUUACCUGAUUCUGCAGCACCUUGAAGGUGGUUGUCAAGUAAUAGGAUGGAUUCAACUUUACUGGCAGACUCUAAGUCUAGAAUUUGGGAGCACUAAAUUCUCUGACUUCCUGAACCAUUUGGCUCACACCAGCUUGAUGGCUUCACUUUUGGCAGUGAGUUUCUUUUUGAAGUACAAACUAUUCUCUACCAGAGGAAAAUCUUCUUAAUACAACCCCAGGGAGCAACAGACAGCUGCAGUGCUAUGGAUGAACCCCCUGCUUUUUCCUGGAUUAACUGUCUGGUUCAGGGUGUGUUUCCCAGCUCACCAUGCCUGCACAAAGCUGGCGAUGUCACUGGUGCUUGACAAUUAAUUCCUUUUUAUAUUUAUAACCCUGUUUUUGUCAUGAGCACGUGUUUUUUCAGCAUCACCUCUCUCAGACGGAGCCAAGUGGGAUGAAGAAGGGAGAGUGAAACUGAUUAGCUCCUUUUAGUCCCUACUUCUUGAACCUUUGAUUUAAGUUUUUGUCCUAUUUUAUAUUCAGAGACUUAUUUACUCAUGCGUUUAAUUGUAAUAGUAUGUGCCUAUGUAAUAGGAAACUGUUUGGAGCCAUUUAGCACGUGCAUUCCUUGGGCAAGAGAAUCCCAGGAAGUACCCCUCAUUAAGGCAAUAAGGACCGGAGGCAUUCCAGGGCCCUGGUUCUCCUGGGAAGACGAGAAGUCAGGCGCAGGCAUGUAGCAAGGAUGCCUUGGAAAAUAAUUGUAAGCGUAUCUCACUGGCAUUGGCUCCAGCUUGUGGGGUGUCUUGAGUAUAAGUUGAGUAUUUAUAAAAUAAGUGCAAAGGUCAGCAUUAUUGGUAUUUCUGUUUAGGAACUUUAUGCUGGUUUUGCCCUAAACUAAGAUGGUAAAAGUAGCAACAGAACUCGUGUAUUUGGUCCUAUCCAAGGUGUGGAAGUUCAAGGGGUAUGAUUUUGGGAGAGAGAAAGGGCUGCUUUGGUGCUUUACAACAAUGGGGACAACUUUACGUACGUUCCAGAGAGAGUGCAAGCUACUUUUAUAAAUAUGUUAUUGUAGUGUAUGUAGAGCCAUAUCAUCAUGAACAUGCCCUUAUCUGACCUUGGAAGAUAAAAGUACCCUCUUGUUCAUUUGGCUGCUCUGGCAAAGGAUGUGGUGCCACAGCCCUCUGUUCAGCUAUUUCUCUUGCUGUAUAAAGAUGUGCUGUAUCGGAAAUUUUAGGGAUGGAGUGCCUUCUUACACAACAGACUAUGUUGUGGGGUAGGCCACUGCUUCUGUAUCAGCCUUGCAGUAUAUAUUGCAAAUUCUUAUAAUGUAAUUUGACCAAAUUCUCCUUCAGCUUGCAAACACAAUCUUCAGGCAUUUUUCUGACUCUUCUCUCCCUUUAUUAAUUGUAAUUUUGGUGUGGUCUGAGGCAGCCCAUAACGGGGGGGGGGAUAUAAAUUUUGAUAGCCAGUAUUAACUUGCUCUGUGUGUUAUUUGAGAGAGUCUAGGAGUGGGGUGACUUCAGAAGCAGUGUAUGUGGGAUCCCUGAACGCACACACAUGUACAUACACACAGCAGACUGGAAGAUUAGAAAAGUCAUUGCAUCUCAUUGAUUUCUGUGACUGUCCUUUGAAGAGUGGCAGCUCCCCAAAUGUAUAAAUCUGCCUUUGGAGAAACACUUCAAAUAUUCUUGAAUGCUUUUCACUCCCUCAGCUAUCUGGGUGGGCAUACUUUUUGGUGCUUUGGGUAACAGAUUCCCUCUGGUCAGUAUUCUUUUGGUUCCCCAGGUAUGAUAUUGAAAAGCAGAGUCUUCUAUCUUUCUUUUUCCCAGGAGCCUCUUCCUGUCCCAGCUGGCAUUUUCUGCAUCUUGAUUCAGGAAGGAUUGUGUUUAUAUACAGAAAUCCUUAUGUUGGCAUAUUUUUUAAAAUAUGGCUUAUUUACUGUUAUGCUUCAACUGAAAUAAUGGGCUUUUCUGUAUCAGCGUUGAAACUGAAUCAUUACCUUAAAUAUUAUCAACAUACAAGGGGGAUUUUUCCUUAUGCUUUUGUUUCAAAUUGUCUAUGGGAAAAACUAGUCUAGAAGGCAUUUAAAUUCACCCGAUAAAAAUAGUCUUGAACUGUAGCUAUACUGUGGCUCAGGGCCUUUUCUGAAUAUUUUUUAAAAUGAUAUCGCGGUUGAAGAUGUGUGUCUCUGGAAAUGGCUGUUCCUAUUCUAGACUGUGGGUGAACCUGAAGAUAGAUUGCAACAGGUUAAAGUAAAACAAAUUUAUAUUGUGUGGAGACAAUAUGUAAAGUACAUUGUGGCUGAACCAGCACACUUUGUGAGAAUUCUAAGGAUUCUAUCCAGAACUUACUAUAAGUAUUCUGCUCUACUACUAUUAUGGGUGUGUGUCUUGCUUCAUUUAGAUCAAUUAAAUGCAUUUAAUUUUAGUCAGCAUAGGAGAUCAGUGAAAUAGCAAAGCAGGUGUCUGUCCCCCAAAAUGCCAAUUAUUGAUUAAUUUUAUAUAAUGACUGUGGGAACUCAUUUGUACUGAUAUUUUAAUAGGCUUUUUAGGAGUCAAACUCCUUGUUAUUUGCUUCUCCCCUACUUUAAAUACAAAUUAACUGAUUAAGAUGCAUGAACAGCAAGGAGCAGGCUGAACAGAGUGUUAUUAUUAUAUACAUGAUGUCAUUAUUACCCUUCUCUAAAUUGGACUCCAAUAAUUUCUGACCUGUUUGAAGUUUUACUGGCUUUGGAAUGGCAGUGUGAGAUGGAGACAAGAUAGGCAGCUUUAUGUAUUGUUUUCAACCUGAUCUAGUAAUAUAAUUUUGGACUAGACUCAACUGAUUAAAUCUGAAACACUUUAACAUUGUAAGCCUCAUGUAUUUAAUUACAUCAUGGAACCUCUAUUGCU